GCGAUCGUCUCGAGUCCCGUCAUACUGUCAGCACCGCAAUGCUCCACGAGCACGAAGUCCAGCCGCAGGGUGCACAGAAUGAUCAAUCACAGGACAGUCUAUACGUGGAGUGUGUGUCCAGCAAAAGGCCAAUCCAGAUCUGUACAACGAUACAAUACCGGCCAUCUAAAGGACCGACGCGCAUUGGUCUCCCUAUCUCUGUCUGGCUAUCGCCAGGCCGCCCUCUUCCCUCUCCAGCUGCACACCGAACACCUCAGCAAAGCUGUCCAUCAGCAGUCCAGCCACCCGCUCAGUCGUCACCCCGUCCCUCACGCACUCCCGCACGGACCCCACCGGCCGGUCGCUGAUGCCGCACGGCACAAUGCGUUCAAAGUGGGCCAUGUUGGGGUCCACGUUGAGCGCCACACCGUGCAUCGUCACCCACUUGCGCACCCUCACACCGAUGGCAGCCACCUUGCGGCCCUCCACCCACACGCCCGUCAGCCCCUCGAUUCGCUCGCCUUCGACGCCCAGCCGCUCAAGGGUGCGGAUGAUGACCUCCUCGAGAGACCGCAGGUACCAGUGGAGGUCCUGCUUGUGGUGCCGGAGGUCCACAAUGGGGUAGAGCACCAGCUGUCCAGGGCCGUGGUAGGUCACCUCACCGCCACGCUCAGUGCGGAAGACAGGGAUUGGGUCGUCGUCUGUGUCGUUGCCUGCACAGCACAGCCACCAACAAUGACUGACAUGAAAGGCCUCCUGCCGCCCAUAUCCUACCCUGUGCACUCUGAGUGACUCACUCACCUGUAGCGAGUAUGUUGUGUUCGGUGCUGGCAGUGCCCAGCGUGAAGACAGGGGGGUGCUGCAGCAAGAUGGCCAUGUCACGCCGAGUGCAGCCAUCGGCCGCCAGCUCAUCCACCAUUGCGUCCAUCAGCCGGUGUUGCAGGUCCCAGCUCGCCUCGUACGGCACCGUCUCGUUCCACAUGUCGUAAAAGGCACAGUGGCGGACCUCUGUGAGGCCACCAUGCAGAGCAGCAGGCGCCUCCCUGACCGACGAAGCUGCUGCCGCAACAGCCGGAUUCAUCCGCAAUGGGUUCCGUCGCAUGCGGCGAAAGGCAUGGCUGUCGAUACGAGAGGACGGCGAUGGCUCGUUGAGCAGCGAAGGUGGGAUGCAUCUCUCGCGGCAGAGGCCAAGGAUGAAGGCGGUGGCGUAACGAGGCACUAUCAGGAAGCAGAGAAGAGCGGCGAGGGGGGCAAAUGGAAGCCUGGUACCUCCGCAUGUUCUCGAGGCGCUCUCGUUGGUGGCCCGAUGAGUCAUUGCGCCAGGAGAGGUGACUUCAUCUCGUCAAACAAGACCGAAAGAUCCAUGUGAGAGCCAGUCUUCAGUGCCUCAGAAUGCCAUCUGCCAGGCAUCACUUGACACUCGGAAAGGAGGAACGUUCGCUUCG